AGAGUAAUUAAGUUUUAUAUAUCUAAAAGAAGAUCAAAUUAUAUUAUGGCAUCCAACACAAUUCCAACCAUAGAUUUUUGCAACCCAAACAUGAAACCAGGUAGUGAAGAGUGGGAAUCAACAAAAGCUCAAGUUAUCCAAGCCUUAGAAGAGAAUGGUUGUUUUGAAGCAAUAUAUGAUAAGACACCAAAGGAAACUGAGAAAGAGUUGUUUAGUAAAUUAAAAGAAGAAAUAUAUCCAAUGGAGGAGAAAGUGAAAGAGUAUGUAGGUAAACCCUUUGAUAAGUAUGUAAAAGAAAUUCCAAGAGCAAGAUACAAUAAUUUUAGGCGCACUAUGGAUUUGCUACUUCCUGGAAGCAUUGAAAUCUUUGCUAAUACCUUUUGGCCUGAAGAUGGAAAUCCUCACUUUUGCAAAAUGGUAAACUCCUACUCAAGUUCAAUUAAGGAAUUGGAUGCAAUGGUGAAAAGGAUGAUUUUCGAGGGUCUAGGGCUAAAAGAUCGCUAUGAUGAAUUUAUGGAUGAAAACAUUUUCAUUAUGCGGUUUCUAAAUUACAAAAAGGAAGUUCCUGAAGGUAAUGACGCGAGCGUACCAAGAUUGAUGGGCCACACAGACUCUGGAUUCUUGACCAUUGUGAAACAAGGUCUGCCUGGACUGCAGGUUUUAGAGAAAAAUGGUGAAUGGAUUGAGCCCAAUGUUUCACCUAAUUCUUACAUUGUUUCAGCAGCUGAUUCCAUGUUGGCAUAUACAAAUGGUCGACUGAAGUCAGCAUUCCACAGAGUAAAAAUUGCGGGUGAUACUGAUAGAUUCUCCAUUAUACUAUUCACAUCGUCGAAACCAGGUUACAUCAUAGAUACCCCAAAAGAACUAGUGGAUGAAGAACAUCCAAAACUUUACAAGCCCUAUGAUGUUACUGAUUAUUAUAAAUUUAUUUCCAAGUCUGCCUAUGAAACUGGAAAUGCUCUCAAGGCUUUUAAUGAGUCUUUGAAUUAAUUAUUCCUAAUUUUUGUUAUGUUUUUGGUAGCUUUUGCUCUGUAUUCCUCCAAAAUAAUGUUACUCAUAACUUAUCAUGGGUUAUGUUAGUACACUAGUUGCAAAUUUUUUUUUU